CUCCACAACCAGCAAAUCAUGGCACGUCUGACAAAGAAAGAUAUAAAAGAUGUCAGCGACUUAGUAACUAAGAAAUUAGAACUCUAUGCAAAUCGCGAGAAGAGAGAAAAUGGAUUUGACCCAGAUGGAUCUGUUCGAACAACCCAUAAAAUGUAUAGAUAUGAUUUUAUGUACAGAGUACUAGAUUAUGAUGUUUGGGACAGAGAUAGUCCAAGAUAUCCUAAAAAGAAAAAGACCAAAGGGAAAGGGAAUUCUUUUGAAGAAGACAACAAUGAGAAGGGGGAAGGGAGCCAAAAUGAGGAUAAAUCAAAAUGUAUCAAUCCUAAAAUCCUUCAUACAAGCAGACGUAUGGUGCUAUACAAAGAAGUGGACAGACUAGCUACCAAUGCCACUAAAGUAUUUGAAACUCUUCCAAUAGACAAACUACAGGUAAUACACAGAUAUAGACCUAGUUACCAUGGUAAAAUAGAUGACAUACCGGAAACUGGAAAAGUGCAAAAUUAUACACGUCAUGUUGGUGCUGUUCUCAAGUCUCAGGAUUAUGUAAAUUAUUAUAUCAAAGAAGGUCUCCAGACAGGUGAUGCUUCAAAAUCAAAAAGAUUGCAAGAAAUUCCAAAAGAGAAGAAAGAUGCAGACAAUGAAGAUAAAAAAGAGAACAGCGAAAAUGGUGAUGAGGAUAGAAAGAUAAAUAAAGACAAGAAACAGGAUAAGCCAAAGAAGGAAUUAGAACCCAUAAUAAAAGUAAAAGUAACAGAAAAAAAGAAAGAUUAAUUGUGGCAUAAAAGGUUGAACUUUGCAAUUAUUUGAUGUCUGUGAUAACUCUUUUUUAAUGCAAAAUUUACAUAGCUUCUGCUCAAUAGUCUUUUGCACAUCUUUAUAAGUGUUUAACUUUGAUAAAAAGAUGAGACAUAAUAUUGUAUAAUGUCUUCAAAAUCAUAGUUCAAGUGUUUUUUUUUUAAAUAUUACUUAUAGUAUUUAUUAACAACAUGAAUUAUAGUAAGAACUCUGAAAUGGUUACGAAUGUGUAGGUGUGGAAAUUACUUUCAAUGUCUAUAAAUAUGUUUUCUGAUUUGAAAAAAAUAUCAGGAGAAUUGUGAAAAUUUAAAAUUUCUUUUUUAUUAUUUCAAAAUUUAUUAUUAAUCUUGUUGCAGAUGUAAAAAAAUGGUGAUGCUUGUAAAAAUGUUACUAAUGUACUUAAUUUUUAAAAUUUCCCUCUUCCCCAAAAAUAAUAUCAUAAGUGCUUUGUGUUUGUGUCCAGGACUAUGGAAUUUGGUAUAACUCAAAUUUGUUGGAACAAAUAUUACAUCUGCACAAAUGUUUUUUAUUCAAUUAAGUUUUUGUAAGUAACUUCAAUUAGGCUCAGAUUUCCUUUCAAUAGAUAUAUGUCUUUAAAAUUUCAAUUUAUUUUUUUAAUUAACAUGAGUAAAUCAAAGAAAUAUACAUCUUAUUAUAUUAUUAUAUUUAUAUAUAUAUCAUUGUUUAUAUGCAAAAGGUACUAUUUUACUUCAGCCAUAAAAUCUUAGCAAUAAAUAAAGACUAAAUAAAGAACAUUCUUGCUCAGUUUUCACUAUUUAUGAAAUAUUAGUCAUAAAUUAUUGUCUCUCCUCUGGUUGUGACAGAAGUUGUGUAUUGAAAGAGAUCCUACAUUGCAUCGCCAGUGUCAUCAAUGUUAAGAAAGUAAUUGGUAAUUGAUUGAUUCAUAUUUAUAUAUGAGUUAUAUAUUUCCACUGACAUAUAUAUAUACAUUGUAUAUAUAUAAGCUGCCUAAUUUUAAAUACAAUUUUAGGCCUACACAUGAUAUUUAUAACAUAAUUUGAGGUAUGUAAGAGUAAAGAGUCUUUCUAUAAUUAUUAUGGAUAUUCGAUGCACUAACAUAUAUGACAGUUAAUCUUAUAUAAGUUGUAAAGUAACCUAAUAUUAAUUAUUGGAAGUAAUUUAUUACAGUCUAUAUGUCAGUUAUAUUUGCUUGUUAAGUUUUUGUUUGCAAUAUUUUUUAUAAGUCAAAUUAAGUUUAUAAAAACAAAACAAUGAGACUAAGAAAUAAGCAUACUUUAAAAAAGUGAUACAAACUAAAUAUUUUUGUUUGUGUAUAAUUUUUUAUAUUGUGUAGUUUAAGCAAACUUCAUGUGAAACAAAAAUGCACAGAAUGCAAUUGAUUUAUAUAUGUGUGAUAGGUUGAAUUACCAAGGAUUUGUUUGGGGUUUGAUAUUAAUCAAAAUUAUUUGAAUGACUCAUUCCCCUUUGUUAAAUAUGGUGUUGAUUAAAAUUUCCAUAUGCACCUUUUUAUUUUAAAGGCAAAAUUAUUUAUUAUCUAAAGAUCUAAAAAAAAAAAAAGGUCAUUUACAGUGCUUAAACAAGUUUUAUAAUUUUCAUCAGUAUAAAAACACUUUUACUGCUGAAGUGUCUUAAUUUACCAGAGCCCAUGAGGAAUCUGAUAUCUGUGUCUUAUACACAAUCCCAGAAUAAAAGUAUUCCAUGAUAUCAUAUGCAAUAUAUAAAAAUGAGAGGAGUAUAUUGGAAAAAGAAUUGUCAACAAAUAAAUAUCUACGGUCACUGGGCCGAAUGUCACUAGCAUCAGUUAACGGUGCUUAUUUGAUUAAGGUAGAAAUGUUCGUAGUUUGUCAAUAGUAUUUUUAUUGUUUCUAUGUAUCGUGAUUAUUUUCCUUGUUAUUUUAUUUUUGUUGAUUGCUUUUAUGUAGUUUAUUAUUUUGUUAUAUAGAAUGAAGUGCUAUUUUCAGGCUUUGAGGUGCAUUUACAUUUAUAUCCAGUAAAGAUGCAUUUACAAGAGAUGCAUUUAAUCAGAUUUGUUAAGAAGUCUUUCUAAACUUGUCUGGCCUUAUGACAAGUAUGAGCUAUUGCCAUUGCUUGGCUUCCAUCAUCUGUCUGAUCAAUUUUUUUUUCCACCUCAAAUUGUUUGUUUGUUUUUAUCAUGUUAUCAGUGUUUCAACAUCAUUGUCAGGGUUAGUGAUACCUUGUUUAUUACUCUAAAUAGAAAUUUAAAAAAUACAAAAAAGAUACAUGUAUUAAACAGAUUUCUUAAAUAAUUGAUUUAACUUUUAUGAACUAGUUUGGUAGGAAUGUUUCUGAUUGAUUGUCAAAUUUAUAUCCAAUGCAGUGGCGUAAAUAGGCCAUUUUUAAGUGUACGCCCGAACCUAGGCGAGGGGCCUGAGGGCCCCCUGCAGGUCCAGGACAGAGGACCUCCUGGUAAUGGGUUCGAUGGGGAAAAGCCCUCGUAAGUUCACAUGCUAUCGAGAAAGAGAUACCAUUUUUGUCAUUAAAAACUCAUCAAUAGCAACAUAAUUUAGAGUCUAGUUUGUUUAGUUUUAUGUUUAAUUUAUUUAUUUUGUUUAAUUGGAAUAUAAUAAUCAUUGGUCUUAGAGAAAAAUGUCCAAACCAGUUGCUGUAAAAUAUGUUUAAUAGAUGUGGGGUAAAACAAUCAAUUGACAAAAAAAUCCAAAACUUUAGAGACAGUAAAAAACCAAAUCUCCAUUUCAAUGUUGUCGUUCUCUUAAUUAUUAUGACUUCAUCUGAAUUUCUCCCAUUUUUAUGCGCAAAUUCCGUUAAUGAACACAUCACAUGAAAUAAUUGAUUAUCAAAGAUUGUCAAGUGUAAUAUAAAAAUUCAAAAGGGUUUCGUGGAACGGCCGGUGUCUGGUUGGGAUUGCUGCUGUCAGUGUAAACGUGUAAUGUUGACUGUAAAAAGUGAAUCCAUUUAUCAUGCAAUCAAAUACAGGAUUUAAGAAAAAAUCAAACUGUUUCUGUGUGUGCUUUUUCUUGAUCUUUAAGAUUAGCUUAUUUCCAAAUUUCAUAACAAUCUAUGCAAGUGUACAAAUUUAUCAUGUCAAAAUAAAUUAAUACCAGAUCGUCUGUUAAUUGCAAAAAGUCAGUAAAAUACUUUCAAAAUUUUGCUUCAGACAUUAUUUCUUAAUCAUAAAAAAGAUUCUGCAAAAUUAUCAUAAAAUUAGAUGAAGGUUUGACAGAGUAAUUGAUGUGUAACUUUAACCUCAAACUGUAUCUUCUUAUUAACUAUAAAACAACAAAGUCCUUUUAUCGGUAAAAUAGGGAAAAAUUAAAAAUAUAUUUCCAUUAUGCUCUGGAUACUGACUUUUGAUCAUAAAAAAGCUUGUGUCAAACUUUCGUAAAAUUUCAUGUAGUUUGAAAAAUGUUAUUGAUGUCUGAAAAACAUUAACCUUAGCCUGUGUCUAAAUAAUAACUGUAAAAAAAACUACGUCCAUUUAUCAAUAAAAUAAAAAUACAUAUUUUCAAAAUUUUGCUCUAAAUACUGUCUUAAAUUUGGUCAUAAAAGCUUCUGUCUAACUUUCAUAAAAUUCCAGGAAAGUUUGACAAACAAACUUUAACCACAGACUGAACGUAAAUGUUGACGGCGCUGACGGAAUCUAGGAUCGCUAAAAGUCUCGUUUUCGCUCGAAAAAAUGCAAAUCAGAUAUCGUAUCUCAGCAGAUAACGAAUUACUUUUAACAAUAGGAAACUGAAUAGAAUUCACAGUAGAUUCAGACUUUGACGGGGAAUAAACAAAUAUAUAAUAUACCAUUUGAUUAAAAGUAAAUUUGUCACUUUCAUCUUCAAUUACAAGUCAUUGAAGAAAGAAUUACAAGAUUCAUAUGCUUUUAACCAGUUCUUUUAAUUUAUUUAGAUUAAAUUGUUUUUUCUCCUAAAUUCAUGUGCACGCCGGGACGUUUCAAUGUACCAUUGGAAGAGUUUUCUACAUUGUGAUACAGUUCUGUGGAACAACUAGACCUAUCAAUCAAACAAGACUUGAUCACCACAUUGGUGACUAGUUUGAAAAUUGUUUGACUGAAUUUGCUGAAGAAUGAGAACAUACAUCAUUUCACUCAGAUUCAACUAGUAGCCAGUACUUCUGUGUCGAAAUGAAUUAUCAUUUAUAUGGUCACAAUUAUAAAUUAACUGAAAAACUAAGGAUUUUCUACCCUAGGAAUAUAUUACCUUAGCUGUAUUUGGCAAAACCUUUCGAAAUUUUGGGUCCUCAAUGCUCUUCAACUUUGUGGCCUUUUUAACUUUUUUUAUUUGAGCGUCACUGAUGAAUUUUUUGCAGACAAAACAUGUGUGGUGUACAAAAUUGUAAUCCUAGUAUCUAUUCUAUGAUGCAUUUAUUUAUAUAGUAAGUAAGUAACAGUUGCAGGUGAGCAAUACUAGCUCUUUUGACUCUUCUUUGUUAUUAACUUUGAAGUGUUAUAUUUUGUUAUUUAUUUAUUUGAAGUGUUAUGAUUUGUGAAUUAUUUACCCAUAUUGUAUUUUUCUCUAAAAGGCUGUUAGAAAUAAUGUGAUAAAAGUUAUCAGGUUUUUCUAAAACAAAGAUGUUAGAAAAUAUCAGAUGUUCAACACAAUUUGAGGCUAACUUUCAUAUUUUUUUUUUAUUAUGAUUACUCAUAAAGAGUUUUGGUAGAAAUUUAUCUUUAUAUCCAUUAAAAAAGAAAAUCUA